UCAGCUGGCAGGCAGCUAAAGCUGAGAGAAGUCCCAGGAGACGGGAACUGCCUGUUCAGAGCGCUCGGUGACCAGUUAGAGGGGCAUUCGCGGGGUCAUCUGCGGCUUCGCCAGGAGACCGUCCAGUACAUGAUGUCCCAUCGACAAGACUUCGAGCCUUUCGUUGAAGAUGAUGUUCCUUUUCCGCAGCACUUGUCCAAUCUCGCCCAGUCCGGUACCUUUGCUGGUAAUGACGCAAUCGUAGCUUUUGCUCGCAGUCAGCAAGUGAAAGUGGUCAUUCAUCAGCUAAACGCCCCACUUUGGGAGAUAAAUGGUGUCGAGAAGCAAGCGUGUAGAGAGCUGCACAUCGCCUACCGAUAUGGCGAUCACUAUGACAGCGUGCGGCGAGUUGGGGACAACUCUGAGAGUCCUGCACAGCUACGCAUUGAGACCCUGCAGAAUUCCCACAGCCAGCAGCGUGUGUUUGGAGAGGGUCAGAGGGAAACGCAAAAGAAACCCUUGUCGACAGCGUGUGAAGAGGAAAACGUGAUCCUGAGCUCCAUCAAGAACCGGGGAAUCCAGGGUGAUGAGGAGAACCUGCUGCAGCUUAGUGCAGCAACAAUAAAUGCUGAAUGGCUCGCUGGGUCGUCGCUUGGCCAGCUGUGCCAGGGCAAAUGCACAUCGGGGUCCUGUUCAACCUGCAGAGCUGAAGCCACAGACUGCAGUGAGCAUGACAAGCCAGGAGAGGGCAGCGACGUUCAAAAGCCCAAGCUUUCAAACAAGCAAAGAAAAGAGCAACAGCGGCUGGAAAAGAAGAAGCGCCAAGAGGAGAGGCAUCGGCAGAAGUUUCUUCAGAGUAAAGGAGGCCAGGACCAGAACCAGAACCUGCCAGACGCUGUGACUCUAGUACCGGCUCUCAACACUCUCAGUAUAUAAAACUGAGGCAUGGUCCAAUCUUCCACACUGCAGCUUUUUCUGCCAGUGGCUGUCUAGUUUUGCACAUAGCUAAAAUCAGACAUCCUAUCACGGAGAACGUUUGUUUCUGAGUUGUUCUUUUUUCUAAAAAAAAUAAUAAUAAAAAAAAAAAUAUAUAGAGAGAGUGUUUCUCUACAAACGCUUAAAUGGUGCCUGCAAACCUGUGUGAUUGAGACACGUGAAAGUUAUUCAAAAGAACAUUAUGGAACGUGAGUAUCAGUGUUUUCUGCUGGGUUUGGAUUGAAGUUCAGUUCUCGUUCCUGUUUGUAGAUCCUGCUCAGAUCUGAUCUACUUUCUACUCUGCCUCUCUCCUUUUCUUAUGCUGGAAAUCUGGCUUUCAGUGACAACCAUGCAGAUAAUCCGCUUUAAUUUAUCUUAAACUGAGUUGACAUUAAUUUAGGUAAUUCUGCUUUUAAUCGAACUGGGGAGAGAGGUAUUGUAAUGUAAGAAUGUGGCAAUACUUGUUAAUAAAUGACAAAUUUACUAAUUCCAGUGUAAGUAGACAUAAUGCAUAUUUAUCACAGAAGCGUGUAUAUUAACUAGUUUUUCAAAUUCACUCAAUGGUGUUAUAAUUGUCACCCACUGGGAAGUCUGCAAUUGUUGGAAAAUUCAUUUGUGAUUUCAUAAAGAAACAGAUUGUCACCAA